UUACCCUAAAAAGCAAUACAAAAAAAGCUGUAACUAACGGUGUUUUUUUCAACAAUCCAAUUAUGCACCAAAUAUCACCUGUCGGUAAAACAAAUAUAAUCCCCAAGAUCUUAAGAAAUAUUCAGCAAAAUAAGGAAGGGAUUAUUGUUUGAGAGCAUACCUACAAUGAGCGUUUCGUACAAACCGCCAUUGCGUUGUAUACACAGACACGAAACUAGAUUGCCGAACAUAAUCGGGUUGCUGGGACCGAGACGGAGACUAACGUGAGUAACGUACUACACGUGUCGUUUGUUUUAAAAUCUGACAUUGUUUCAUGAAUGACAUGAAGUACUAUAAGUGUAAGAAAGUAAUAAUUACGCAAAUGUGCCACUCAAAGGAAAUUUUGCUAGUGAAUUUUCUAUAAGAUUAGCAUUUUAGAUUGUCUACAAGUCCGGCACGUGCUCGGUGCCUCUCUUUCGCUUUUUUCCGAACUGGUGGUCUCGAAUGCACAUCGGAGAUUACGAGCAGGAAUAACCGACAGGAUGACAAUGAUUCAUAAAUCGACAUUUUCUACUAAUUUGACGUGUUUAUUGCUUCAGAUUCACUCUGAUUCCAUGAAGUUAUAUAUAAUUCAAUCACAAAUAUUUUAAAUAUUUGUUCUUUUAUUUUUCAAUUUAUUUGCCGUCAGUUACAGCUUACAAGUAUUGCUUUAACGUGACAUUCAGAUGUGUUUUAGAGCAAAUAUUUACUUAACUUACUAAAUACAUUUAAAGGGCUCUGUCAAUGGAGACUUGAAUUUAGAUAGUAUUUCAUACAGUAUUUACUCUAACCAGGCUGGCGAAACUAAUACUGAAUUAAAGAUCAUCCUCGACUUACAGGCGGUGAAAACCUACCUGGAUCAUGUUUCUAUGUAAACAGUCACAUACUUUAACAAUACACGGAGUGAUACUUUUAAAGAUCUGUCAAAUCUUGUGAAUUUGGACAUAACUAAUCUGUAGGAAGGAGUACUGAAUGGAUAUUACCUCGUCUCUCAUGCUACAGGUGUCGGGAUCAAAGCUGUUGUUUAUCUACUGCAUCGCUUGUGUCGUUGACUUCUCUGAUGGAGAUGGAGAAGCGUGUGGUACCAUUGACCGUGGAACACAGUUGUACUGCCCGGACAAAUAUCACUGCUGUGACUCCGUAAUACACUCCUGUUGUGAGGACGGAUAUGUGUGUUGGAAAUCUGUCUGUAUCAGCAUCAUCCCUCUCAUCUUCAUGCCUUGUGUUGUCUUCAUUGUUUUCAUCGCAACAGUUGUCGUAAAAGUCGUCAGAAAAAGGUCGGGACUUAUACAUACCAUUUUGGGUAGGUCUGAACCAGAUAGACAUGCUCAAAACGUGUGUGAUCAUUCUUCCAUCCAAACCUGCAGACUAAAUUCAGGCGUUUUUCUUGGUUAUGUUUAUUCAUUUAUGAAAACGUCGGUCAUAAAUUUAAAAAUAUACAUAGCAGAUGUGAAGUUGAAAGCAGUAAAAUAGGACCUGUUUUGUGCAUGAAAGUGUUGACAUCGAAUAGUUGAAAUUUGUUUCCUUUACUAUUACAUGUUUAAUAAAACUUAUCCUCGGGUAGUAACUUUA